AUGACGCACCCCUUUCCCAUCACGAUGUGCCCACCUGGACAUUCCCAGCCAAUGCAUGUGUUGGGACAACAUUGGACAGGUGCUCCGCCCUGUGGUUUGCAGAAGCCUCGAGGCCCUUCGCACAGCGCACCGUGCGCGCACCCAGCGCAAGAUCUGCUUUCCCCGCCCCGGUCCCAACCAUACCAGCUUACGCAGACCGGGUGCCUCGGAAAGUCUUCUGGUCCGCCGGCAUCACCAGGGACCGCCGGUGCUGUACUGCAAAGGACUCAGCAGCAAUUUAGCCUUCCGGACUCAUGGGCCGCCGAUGCAGAUUUCCUUGAUGCAGCCCGCAGCAUUGGCAAUCUCACCUUGCCGCGCUAUGUGCAGCCUACAGCGUGGGCUCGAGCCGAGGGUCUAGCAGGUCUCGCAGUGGAGAAGCUUCAUCCAGCGCACUUGUUGUUUGCAAACUGGCAGAGCUACUGGUUGAGACAUCUCGCGCACGGCCGCGAACUUUACCUGCUAGCCGCCAAAAACAAGGGCGAGUUAGUGCUCGCUCAAGAACUGUUGAGCUUGAUCCGGUCUCGCAGCAUUGACAUCGAGGCUGCGGCCACAGCGCACGCAGUCGCUAGUGGCCAGUCUCAAGCGAAAAAUCUUGCAAUGAAACAGGUCGCUGCGCUACUUGCAGACCAACUGCAGAGUCUGGUGCCCACAGCCACAGACACAGAAUCCCAGAAGCACAUCCGUGAGCUUGAACGGACUGUGGCCAACUUGCAGCAACAGUUGGCAGGCAGGGCCCCUGACACGCCUCGAAGUCCUGCAAAAGCCCCCUCUGGUGCAGGGGAAGGGUCUCAGUUGGAUGCGGCCCCGCAUGAUCGUCGUACACCUGACACCAUCAUUGACAAUCCUGCCUCCCUUUCUAACCCUAAGAAGCAGACCCCGCUCAAUUUUGCCAAGGCUUCCUCUCCGAAGCCUGCAGCUGGCAGUGCAGGGCACACCGAUGCUCCUGCCGAGGUCGUGCCGGAGGUCAUAAUGAGCCCGCCCGUUGAAGGCUCAAGUUGGCUUGGACUCAACAUGCCUCCUAAGACCUCGGAUCUUGAGCUUAGCAAGUGGAUCGCUAGCUUGCCCCUCAACUCUCGUAAAAAGGAGGAGCUCCAUAAAUGGCUCCAAACUUUGGAAGAGUGGGCUGAUUCGCAGGGUGAUGAUUUUGGGCCCAAGGUUCGUCGAGCAGGUGCCAUUUGGGGAGUGCCUGUCAGUGCAGUCAACAAGAUUUCAGUAAAAGCUAUCGUCAAGGUUCUGGCAGUCGCCUCCUAUAUGGAGAGGCAGUUUUUGGACGCCCUUGCGCCUCACAUUUUGCACUUAGAUCAGUUUGCAUUUGGAAUCAGCCGCUGGUGUGUUGCCAGAAUCACGCUUCUUGAAAUCAUGUUCACUUUUCCUCAUUCGCAUGUAUUGAACAGCGUGUUUCGCCAACUGCAGCUUUUUCCCCACGAUUUGACCUUCUCAAACUUUCAGACACCUAGCCGAGUCUACAUUCGCAUCUCUGCUUGCAAGGAGACAGCCAAACUGUUCUACGUUGGCAGCACCGAACAAGCUGUACACCUGCGCGAGGCCACCCGGUUUCGCAAGUUCAAGCAGGUCCAACAGGACAAACUCGUCUCUGCAGAGUUGUGCAUCAGAUAUUGGCACAAGAUGGACAAUUUUUGGGACUGGGUCACUGUGCCAGUCAUGUUUCGAACUGAUCCAGACCAGCUCCUUGGUGCCGAACAUGCCUUGAUUCAGACCUUGCAACCCCCCCUCAACUACCCAUACAUUGCUCAGUGGUUCAGCCCUAAGCGAGGUAUUGUUGGCAGUCACAACUUAGGCAAGAUUUCCCAUGAUGGGCUAGGCAGACUGUAUCGGAAAAGGCGAAAAGCUGCGACGCUACCCAGUCGCUUGGGUUACCCUCCCAUUGUGGCUGCUGUCGUGGAAUCGCCUGUGUUUCGUGACAAGGAAAACACCUGGCGCCUCCUUGCGCAGCUUGGCAGCAACACCUUGGCCCGGUUUGAGGCCUCGAAGCAGAUAAGGUCUCAUGCCUUUGAUUUUGCCACCCUGUGUCUGCUUCAUAAGCUGGCGCAACAUCUUCCUGUGCACCUGGCUUCUUCGGCCAAGCAAGCCAUUCAGCAGGCCAUCAGAUUCAAAGGCUUUGAGCCCCCGCCGCAUGGAUGCCCGUUGGUGAUUCCAUUCUUGGCGACCAGCAACUUGAGAGGUCGUAUGCGUGAGUUGAUGCGGCAGUUCAUCACUGCCAACCGACCUAGCCUCAUACCAUUCCACGUUCCACGCACAACUGUGGUCUUUGGCAAAAACCCCAAACUGCAUCAGAGCCUGUUUACCCACAAGUUGGCCCUUCGGUCUUGGGCUCGCGGGGAAACGCCCCCUUGCAUGUGCUCUCUCAUUGCACGGUUUGCGCCUGAUGCCCAAACCUUCGCAGGUCACCUUGCCGCCAGUGGCGACCAGAUGAACCGCCACCUGCCGCCUAUUGCGCAGCGGAUCCUUAGAUCCAACAUGAACAAUGCCUUCUUCCCCAACAGGGAACGUGCGUUUGAAGCUUUUGAAAAGGGCGUACGGCGUUGGUUGUUUAGGCACCACUUGCCGCAGCAAGUUUGCGGCAUCGCCGAGAUUUUCUCGGAGCUGUGGGAUUCCCACCUGCAGGAGGUGGGCGCACGCUUUCAUCAUGGCGUGCUUCACGCCCUGAAGGCUACUACCAAAGGACUAGUUUGGCACUGUGAGGAUCACCACGCCCACCGGGCCUUAUGUUAUUGUCCGCAGUUGUAUCAUGACAUGCUCACCAACACAUUUGUGCAUUCGGACAUUUUUGCGCCCGUGGAGGGGCCUAUCGCCGAGUACAUUCACGGCAAUUACAGAGAAGCCACAGCACGGUUUCGCAAACGGUACCCCUGGGCUUUUAGGGCCACCCCCCGCACGCCUUACGCCUUCGGGCUCCCGAAGCGAAAGAAAGACUUUAAGGUUGCCCGACCUAUCAUCAGCUUUGUCGGCGCCUUCAUGAGGCCUCUUUUGGAAGCAGUCGCCAAGCUGAUUUUCCAGCUCACUGCCGUUACUUUCCCCGAAGCCUUCGCGUCGGGAGAUGUCUAUGAUCUCAUCCGGGAAAUCCAGGUGUUCUUUGCCCGCAUCGACGAGCAACCCGACAACCCUGAAUUUCAGGACAUCAUGUGCCGCAAUCAGGAUUUGUCGGGUUUUUUCACCAGUGUCUCCGCCCAGCAGUUCCAUGACGGGUGGGAGUUCUUGCUCGGAAGGUAUACACAUUUAUUUGGAUGCCAGCACGAUGCAUCCUUCACCAUUGAUGUGGUUCAGAGAGAGCAAUCUCUUCGCAUCUUUCGAGGAACGCGCCGCAAGCGAGCCAAACAACAUGUCUGCAUUUACAUCCAGGAUGUCGCAGACAUCAUUUCUCAUGCUCUUCGCAUGCAGAUUUUUGGCAUUGCUCACAAAGCCUUCCGCCAACUCAAGGGUAGCCCUAUGGGCUCGCCCAUCAGCCCAGCGCUGUGUUCCAUGGUCAUUUCUGGACUGGAAGAUAUAUGGAAACGCACCUUUUCCAGCCUGCUUCGCAACAUCUCUCUCACCAGCUGUUUCUUACGGUACGUUGACAACCGUAUCUUGUUCUGCCCUAGACACGUUCUUGUCCAGUCUGGCAUUCGCCUGCUACAGAACCCACAGUUCUACGGCCAGGACAUUUUGCUUGAAGACGAAAUGGAGUUUGAUUUCCUUGGCUUUGCCAUUGACGUGCAGGGACGCAGAGUGAUGUACCGCAGAAACCUCACGUCCUACGACUUGAUGGACGUACUCAGUGCGUCUCCUGAGCACGUUCUCGUCAGUGGUGUACUGGCACGCGCCAGCGUCAUAAAGAAAUGCUCCUACCCAGCAACGCAGCGACACGCUGAUCUACAUUACCUAUGGGACCAGGCUCAAGAAGCCGGGCUCCCUGUUCAUGAUUCCAGAGUCAAACGAAAGUUUUUCAGGUGCAAGGAUCGCUUUCGCCCCGAAAAGACCUUCGUGCUUAUGAUGUGCUGA